AUGCGCGGCAGCAGCAGCAGCCGCGGCAACGCCGUCGGCCGUCGCGCCGCCUCCACCUUCGGCGUCGUGUUUGACGUGGACGGCGUGCUGCUACGCGGCAAAACGCCGAUCCCGGGAGCGCGCGAGGUGCUGCUGGAGCUGCAGGCGACCGAUACUCCGUUCGCCAUCAUGACCAACGGCGGCGGCUACCCGGAAGACAAGAAGGCGCAGCAGAUCGAGCAGAUCCUGGGUGGCGGCGUGUCCAUCCCGAACGAGCGCAUGUGCAUGAGCCACACGCCCAUGCGCGCGUUGGCCGACAAGCACGGCGAGGAGCUGGUGCUGGCCGUGGGCAAGGACUGCGCCGAGCUGCGGGAGGUCAUGGCCAACUACGGCUUCAAGCACGUCGUCACAGUGGACCAGCUGCACCAGCACUUCCCCACCAUGUACCCGGACGUGAAGGUGCCCAGGCCGCUGGCGCACAACGGGCGCUUCAAUUCGCAGCCUUUCGCCGCCGUCUUCGUGCUCAUUGACCCCAUUUACUGGGGGCGCGAGCUGCAGAUCGUCAUGGACGUCUUGUGCUCGCCCGACGGACUGCUGGGCCAGCGCACGGUGGAGGGAGAUGGCAACGGCGAGCGCCAGCACAUCCCGCUCUACUCGGCGUGCUCGGACUUCCAGUACGUGGGCGAGUUCCACCUGCCGCGCUACGGCGCCGGAGCGUUCCACGCCGUGCUGGAGGACCUCUUCACUCGCACGACGGGCCACAAGCUGGAGAAGACGCUGUUCGGCAAGCCCCAGCGCACGUCGUUCGAGUUCGCUGAGACGCUCAUCGACGCACAGCACGAGGACGUGGAGCGGAUUUACAUGGUGGGAGACAACCCGAAGACGGACAUUCGCGGCGCCAAUGAGGCUGGUGGCAGGUGGAAGUCGGUGCUCACGCUGACGGGCAUGCACAACGGACCGGAAAACCACGAAGAGCACCCGGCGUAUGAGGUCGUGGACGACGUGGCACAGGCGCUGGCCUUCAUCAAAGAGGAUUUCGCGAAGCUGCAGGCGCAGAAGUCGAAGAAGUAA